GAAGUCUUGGAAGUAUGCCUAUUGAUGACUACUUCUGGUGUCUUCGAAAGCAUGGAGCUAACUGACUUGGAGUACUUUUGGGUUUGUGGUUUUGGUGGAGCAGAAACUAGAAAAGAAGUGAUUGCGGCUUUCCUCUUUGCUUGCUUUCCCUUUGUCCCAGAACUUGGCUUUGUUGAUGGCUCAGGAACUUGUUCCUCAUCAUUUGGAACUUGUUCAGUUUCAUCGACCUCUUGGAAAAGCGUUAUCCUUGAGGUCUUCUUCAUUGCAGCUAGUGCCUUUUCUACUGCUGAAGUUAGAGAUGAAGCAUCGGUGGCUGCCGAUGAAGAGCUCUCACCACCACCACCAGCAGUUGAGGAAGGAGCAGCCGAUGAAGCUUCAACUCCAUCACUUGAGGUUGAGGAAGGCAUGAUGACUUCCACAGCAUCACGCCGCCGUGGCCGCUCAACAUCUGCCAAAGUGCAAAGUUCAGAACUGAGAAUCAGACCAAAAAUCAACAAAUUCAGAAGUUGAAGCAGAGCAAUGUGCACUAACCACUGGAGGAGGAGCUCAUAUUGCUUGCAGGUGUGAUACCGGAGGGAGGAAGCAAGCCUGAGUGCCAGAUUGCCUAGUGCCUAGGGGAGGCGGCAGAGGCAGAGUCAGGGACUCAGGGGAGCUGGAGAGGCGGAGAUAGAGGAGGAGAGGAUGGGGGCGACCGGGCGAGAAGCACGGGCUGGCGAGGAGUUGAGGACGACGGCGGCGAGAAGCAGAACAGCAGAGAACGCGAACUCGCGAAGAGGAGAGGAAAGAAAUUGGCGGCGCAGGGGAGUCUGGGAGAGAGAGGUGAUGGCGCAGGGGAGAGAGAAGAAACCCUAAAAAUAUUGGGCCGGCCCAACUAAAGUGAUGGCGCAGGGGAGAGAAGUGAUGUCUAGGCCUGAUCGGCCUGAUCGUUUUCCACCUCUGAUCGGCCAAUUGAUCGGACCUGAUCGCCGAUUAAUCGGACGAUCAGGUUUCUGAUCGGCCUAAUCGUUUAGAACACCCUGAUCGAGGUCAGGGGACCGAUUAGCCCGAUUAAUCGCGAUUAAUCGGACGAUCAGAUAACAUUGCUGUCACAUCAAAUUGUUGGUUGUCACAUAUGUUGUUCUUAGGAAUUAGGAUCUCUUUUCAUCAUAAUGUUGCGAAUAGCUCAUUAUCAAUCUGCAGAGCAGUUUCUUUUUUCUUAAAGUACUCAAAUACUUGUUGGCUGAUUCCUUUCUUAUUGAUCCAAGUUUUGUGGUACAAGCGUGCAAAAUAUAAGAUUUAUUUGGAGCACCAUUAAAAAUUGAAAAAAACAACAAUAUACUAAAAAAACAGAAAAUUGAGAAGUAUAAGUAUGUCAACCAGUUUGGAGACUCACGUUUAAGAUGCAUUCUAUCAUAAACUGAUCGAGUUUGGUUUAGGAACUGCAGUUACAGGAUUACAAAAUUCAAUUUUCAUGUAGAAUCCUAGAUCUUGCACUGUGACUGCAUGUUUGUAGUAAUUAGCCAUAAUCCACUCUGGUGAAGUUGUCACAUUUCAAAAGCCUUGCGUAUCAUGAUGGAUUCCAACGCCCUACAUUCAAAGUGUAGU